CUUCUAUAGUGACCGCGAUAUCAUUAUAUCAACUGCUGUGGUAUCUAUUUAAAAUAAAAAGAUAAAGCAGUGUUCAUAUAUGAAAGGCUGAUGUGUCCACUGUCCAGUCCACACUCCAAGUGUCUACACCUGUUGUAUUCAUCAUUCUAAGUAAAUACACCACUGUAUCUGCGUCAAACUCCUGAUCGCUAAGUCUUACAUACCAGAAAACAAUCUAAACCUAUUUACAUUGCCCAAGUAUUUUUCCUUUGAUCGCCUUGAAUCAUAGGCAUUCACUAUCUGAGUUAUAGUCUCGUCAUGGAUUUUUCUAAUAUUACCAAUACGGAGUGGUAUGGAAGACUGAAAGAGGUGUUCAAGGACCUAUCAGUGGAUCGCGAGCAAUAUCCAGAGACCGAAUUGACGCCAGAGUUCCGAGAUUGGGUCACGAUGACCUCAGCGGGUACACUCUGCGCUGGUGUGGCCGCUGGCAUGAACGCUGCGCGGUUAGAGGGUGAGAGGCACAUCAAAGAAAAUAAGAAUACAGUCUACAAAGGGGUCAGGCAUGCGCAAUCAGAAUUGAACAUGGCUGCAGGCAGGGCAUUCGCUCAAAUUGGAGGUCGUUGGACUUUGUACGGAUUCGUAUUGAUGGGUUGCUUCAAUGCGUUGCACAUCGGCGCCUCAGUUGUGCGGCAGAAGAAAGACGCCUUGAAUGUCAUGGGAGCAGGUACUGUGACGGGUGCACUGUUCUGGAUUCCUUAUGGAUUGCAGGGCAUGGCAACGGGAGCCAUGCACGGAUCAGUACUAGGGCUUGUGGGGGGCGUAGCUAUGCAAGCUGGGUGGAUGCUGGAGGAUAAGGUAGAUCCGCCAGCAGACAGGGCGGCACGAAAACUUGUCCAUGACGCAGAGAUAGAACAAAUUAGAGAGGAGCGUAGGUUGCAUAACCUAAGGAUGCAACAGGCCACGGCAAAUCUUAUAGAUGAUCUGAGCUCUCAGAUCGAAUAAUAAGCAGAUUGCAAGGCUUGCAUACUGCCGUCCAAUGCCUUUAACUCACUAAAUGGAGAUGACAAGCGCAUGAUGCACCGCCAUCAUGUCUGCAUAGUGCUUUUUAACUACGGAUACCGUGGGCCUUGUGUAAACAUAAACUUGAUUAAUCGUUUUUAAGGUAAAGGAGGGUAGGCCAUAACGGGGAUGUGGCAUAUAGUGUACAAGAAUAAAUUUAGUAAUGAGCCAC